CAGAGUCUCAUUUUAUAUUCUCUCUCUCUCUGUCUAAAAUCGUCACCAUUGUCAUAGUCGCUAGCAUUUGAAGUUCUCAACGGCCGGCCAUCGAAUUCACUGUGAAGUUUGAGAUUUGAAGAAAACGAAUUUUAUGUAAAUGGAGUCUGCACAGUCACAGCAACAGAGAAGAGGAGGGAUGGUUUCGUUAUCGCCAUCGCAGACGCCGCGGUCGAGCGAAAAGGCGGUUAGAGAUCUGCGAUCAGGGGAGGGGAAUGUGAAUGGGAAGCAAGAGAAAGAUAAAGGCGUGAAUGUCCAGGUCAUUGUCCGGUGCAGGCCAUUGAAUGAGGAUGAAGUGAGAUUGCAUACACCAGUAGUUGUUUCAUGUAAUGAGAACAGAAGAGAAGUUUCUGCGAUUCAGAAUAUAGCUAAUAAGCAGAUCGAUAGAACAUUUCUAUUUGACAAGGUCUUUGGUCCGAUGUCCCAACAAAAGGACUUGUAUGAGCAGGCAGUGUCUCCCACUGUAUUUGAAGUUCUCGAGGGCUAUAACUGCACUAUUUUUGCGUAUGGGCAGACAGGAACAGGGAAAACAUACACAAUGGAGGGAGGAGGAAGAAAAAAGAACGGAGAGUUUCCGAAUGAUGCGGGUGUUAUUCCUAGAGCUGUUCGUCAAAUAUUUGAUAUAUUAGAAGCUCAAAACGCCGAAUAUAGCAUGAAAGUUACGUUUCUAGAGCUUUACAAUGAAGAAAUAUCAGAUCUUUUGGCUAUAGAGGAAUGCUCAAAAUUCACAGAUGACAAAUCAAAGAAGCCAAUAGCACUUAUGGAGGAUGGAAGGGGAGGUGUUUUUGUUAGAGGCUUGGAAGAGGAAAUAGUAUGCACAGCCAAUGAAAUUUAUAAGAUUUUGGAGAAAGGUUCUGCUAAAAGGCGUACAGCAGAGACCCUUCUCAACAAACAAAGCAGCCGUUCCCACUCGAUAUUUUCUAUAACAAUUCACAUUAAGGAGUGUACUCCAGAGGGGGAGGAAAUGAUUAAAUGUGGGAAGCUCAAUCUUGUUGAUCUAGCUGGCUCAGAGAAUAUCUCGCGCUCGGGUGCAAGAGAGGGUAGGGCAAGGGAAGCUGGUGAGAUCAAUAAAAGCUUGCUUACACUUGGUCGUGUCAUAAAUGCACUAGUUGAGCACUCUGGGCAUGUACCAUAUAGGGAUAGUAAAUUAACAAGAUUGCUGAGAGAUUCCUUGGGAGGGAAAACAAAAACCUGCAUUAUCGCCACGAUAUCACCCUCUGUUCAUUGUUUGGAAGAGACGCUCAGCACGUUAGAUUAUGCGCACCGUGCCAAAAAUAUUAAGAACAAACCAGAGAUUAAUCAGAAGAUGAUGAAAUCUGCAAUGAUCAAGGAUUUGUAUUCUGAAAUCGACCGACUUAAACAAGAGGUGUAUGCUGCCAGAGAGAAAAAUGGAAUCUACAUACCAAGAGAUCGUUAUCUACUGGAAGAAGCUGAGAAGAAGGCAAUGACAGAAAAAAUAGAGCGCAUGGAACUUGAUUUUGAAUCCAGGGACAAGCAACUAAUGGAGCUUCGGGAACUUUACAACUCUCAGCUGCUAUUAACUUCAGAAUUAAGUGAUAAGCAUGAAAAGUCUGAGAAAAAGCUCCACGAAACAGAACAUGCAUUGGCUGAUCUUGAAGAAAGACAUAGGGAGGCAAAUGCAAGAAUUAAAGAAAAGGAGUAUCUUAUAUCCAAUCUUCUUAAGUCUGAGAAAGCACUCAUGGAGAAUACGUUUGAGCUUCGAGCAGAGCUAGAGAAUGCUGUGUCAGAUGUGGCUAGCUUGUUCACCAAGAUUGAGCGCAAGGACAAAAUAGAAGAUGGAAACAGAAUUCUUAUACAGGAAAUUCCAGUUGCAAUUAUCUCAACAGCUUGA